GACUUUCCCAUCACCAAACAGUCUGCCUCGCUCUUCCCCUUCAGCCAACACGCACACUCUCGCAAGCCAUGGGCUCCUCACAGUCGACCCCGGCGGCAUCCAACAUGUACACUGCCACACAAGCAUCAGACGUCGCCGCUGCGGCAGCAACCGCCCUGACUUUGCACCCCACCAGCGGCAUCAAAGGCCAGUCCUUUGACCGCUAUGUGCAGAUUUUCUUCGAGAACCAGGACUAUGCUAUUGCUGACGGCGAUCCCAACUUUGCGUUCCUCGCCAGCUUGGGAAUCAAGCUGGAUAACUAUUGGAGCAUAACCCAUCCGUCCCAGCCAAACUAUGUUGCUGCGCUAGGCGCCGAUACGAAUGGUGUUUUGCUCGACAACUUUGUGCAGAUCGACGAGACCGUUGAGACCGUCAUCGAUCUUCUGGAGGCUGGCGGUGUCAGCUGGAGCAUCUACGCCGAGGACCAACCCUACUCCGGCUUCGAGGCCGACUGGGUCAAUCAGGAGACCGGGGCUAACAUGUAUGUGAGGAAACACAACCCCAUGAUGAGCUAUAACUCGGCAACAGGGGAUGUCAACAGGUUGGCAAAGUCAAAGAACUUGACUACCUUCUACGAGGAGCUUGCCAGCAACAGUCUGCCUCAGUGGAUCUGGGUCACGCCAAACAUGACCUCAGAUGGCCACGAUAGCUCCAUCACGGUUGCAGGCCAGUGGGCGAGGACUUUUAUGGAGCCCCUCCUUUCGAAUAAGAACUUCAACGUGGACAGGACACUCAUCAUUCUUACUUUCGAUGAAUGCGAGAAUUACCUGGCAGAGAACCGGGUGUUGGCUGUACUGCUCGGAAGCGCGGUAUCCGACGCCCUCGUCGGGACCACCAACUCGAAUAGGUUUGAUCACUACAGCCUCUCCAAGACGGCCGAAAACAACUGGAAUCUCGGAAAUCUUGGGAAGCAUGAUGUUGGCGCUGCGUCCUUGUCCGAUGUUUUGGGCUGAACCAACAAAUACCAACGUUGAGGGCCCAUGUACGCCGCGCUCAGUUUCUAUCCCGGCAUACCAGCUCUUCAUCCCGGGCGGUUGAAACUAAAACAAUGUUUCAUCAAGCCCACACAGUCUUAAAACCUUGACCAUGCCUGCUUCAUCAUGAUGGAUUGGCCGGCUAAGUCAGCAAUUCUUACAGGACCUUCAGCCUUCCUGCUGCUAAAAAGGGCGUUGCGGAACCCGGCCCGGACGAGGAGACUGCCGGGUUUCCUUGCUGGUGAGGGUAUUUUGUGUGUCUGAAGUGAUGAGAGCGCGGCCCUUAAAUGCUAAAAACUAGCUAAGUAUAUCAGCGCUUCAAGUACCUAUUUAUAUUAAUUUAUAAGGUAUAUUAAAGGUAUUUUUAAAGACUUAUUUUUUUAUUUUAAAUAUAUAAGAG